AUGGGCAGCAGUAAUAAUGAUAUUACAAACAAAUAUGGAGGUGUGGACCAGAAUCUUGAUCCUUCCUCGUUUAAUGGUGCUGAUCUCAAUAAACGUUAUACAUUGUUUUCACUUGGGCAUGACGGAAUGCAAGACGUAGAUCUGAUUGUACGGGCCAAUAACGACGGUACUGAUGGGAUGGGAAAUGAGCUGUGUAUUGUUCAUAAAAUUGAAUACGCCCCCGAAUUUGGCGCUGAGAGACUAGAUGAUGAAGAAUGGCUGCAUGAUUAUUUUCGUUGCAAACUAAAAUGUGCCUCGCAGCUUGUUCGCCUAAGAAUACAUUAUUUGGAACAGCAUCUUCUCCAGAGGGAACGUUACAAUGAAAAUAUGCUAACUGCAAAUCGACCGGAUCUGCGAAAACUUGCCGAAGAACGAACACAGUGGUUGAAAAAGAUAGUCGUGAAAUUAGAAUCUCUUCAACCGGGCAACUAUCUAAUUCGAAAGGAAUCGAACAAAUUACAAAUUUUACUCCCAAAAGAUGAGACGAAUAAUGCAUAUUUAAUGGAGGAAAGGCUGAAGCAGUUGCAUUUUGAUGAACGUUUACCGCCAGUUGAGGAAGUUUUCCGUGGGAUUGACGAGCAUUUAGUGCUUGUGUAUCAUAUUGUACAAAAACGAAUACCAGCCUCGUUUGGAGCAAAAAAGGAUGGUGUUAUGCAGAGAAAUCCAAGAAAACAAGCUAAUAAUGCGACAUUAUUUGACCAACAGGCUUAUUGCCAACACUCCAAAGAUAUUGAUGAUGUAUUCGGUGAUUCGAAUGAAACUGCUGGCACACAGGAGGGUAUAUCGUCGUCAGUUUACCGAUCCAAAAAACGUAGAAAACGUAAUCGUACGAGGGAAAAUUGUGGAAACGGCUCGAGAACUCCUAGUGUUGGCAGACAUUCACGAUUUGUUGAUUUUGAUGCGCCUCAGGGAUUGCAAGAGCUUUAA